AUGACAGCCAUGAAGCAGGAGCAGCAGCAGUCCAAUCCGGGGGCCAGGGGGAACCAGGCGCAGCAGCAAGAUCAGGAGCUGGGGAGUAACAGCCCUCCGCAAAGAAACUGGAAGGGAAUUGCAAUUGCUUUGCUGGUAAUUCUUGUUGUGUGCUCUCUCAUCACCAUGUCAGUCAUUCUCUUAACUCCAGAUGAAGUUACAAAUUCAUCAGAAACCAGAUUGUCUUUAGAAGAUCUCUUCAGGAAAGAGUUUUUGGUUCAUAAUCCAGAGGCCAGAUGGAUCAAUGAUUCAGAUGUGGUGUAUAAAAACGGGAAUGGACAUGUCAUUAAACUGAAUGUAGAAACAAAUCUCACCACAUUAUUAUUGGAAAACACAACUUUUGUAACCUUCAAAGCAUCAAGACACUCUGUUUCACCAGACUUAAGAUUUGUUCUUCUGGCUUAUGAUGUGAAACAGGUUUAUCACUAUUCAUACACAGCUUCAUAUGUGAUCUACAACAUACAUACAAGGGAAGUUUGGGAGUUAAACCCUCCAGAGGUUGAGGAUUCCAUUUUGCAGUAUGCAGCUUGGGGCGUACAAGGGCAGCAACUGAUUUACAUUUUUGAAAAUAACAUCUACUAUCAACCUGAUGUAAAGAGUAGUUCAUUGAGACUGACAUCUUCUGGAAAAGAAGGAAUUAUUUUUAAUGGAAUUGCUGACUGGUUAUAUGAAGAGGAACUUCUACAUUCCCAUAUUGCUCAUUGGUGGUCCCCAGAUGGAGAAAGACUUGCAUUCCUGAUGAUAAAUGACUCUUUUGUGCCCAAUAUGGUUAUUCCUCGCUUUACUGGAGGGCUAUAUCCGAAAGCAAAACAAUAUCCAUAUCCUAAGGCUGGUCAAGUGAACCCAACAGUUAAAUUAUAUGUUGUGAACCUAUACGGACCCACUCAUACUUUGGAGCUUAUGCCACCUGACAGUUUUAAAUCAAGUGAUGAAGCACCAGGAAGUCAGUUGGUAACAGAUAAGUUUCACAUUGACUGGGAUUCAGUACUUGUAGAUUCGGACAAUGUCAUUGUGGCCCGAUUUGAUGGCAGAGGGAGUGGGUUUCAGGGGCUGAAGAUUUUGCAAGAGGUUCACCGUAGCCUGGGCUCUGUAGAAGUAAAGGACCAAAUAACAGCUGUGAAGUUUUUACUGAAGCAGCCAUACAUUGACUCCAAAAGACUAAGCAUAUAUGGAAAGGGUUAUGGCGGAUAUAUUGCAUCAAUGAUCUUGAAAUCUGAUGAAAGAAUUUUUAAAUGUGGAUCUGUUGUUGCCCCAAUUACAGAUAUGAAAUUAUAUGCUUCAGCUUUUGCUGAAAGGUACCUGGGUUUGCCAUCUAAGGAUGAAAGUACUUACCAAGCAUCCAGUGUGUUACAUAAUAUUCACAGCUUAAAAGAGGAAAAUUUAUUAAUAAUUCAUGGGACAGCUGAUACAAAAGUCCAUUUCCAACAUUCUGCAGAAUUAAUCAAGCAUUUAAUAAAAGCUGGUGUGAAUUAUACUAUGCAGGUCUAUCCAGAUGAAGGCCAUAAUAUUGCAUCCGAAAAAAGCAAAUAUCACCUUUACAGCACAAUUCUCAGAUUCUUCAGUGAUUGUUUAAAGGAAGAAGUGUCAGUGUUACCACAGGAACCUGAAGAAGAUGAAUAG